AUGCCGCCAGGCCAUGCCAUCUUCGCCUUCGCGCAGGGGGACCUCGUUCAGUACUUCAAGCUGGCGGCCGUGGGCGCGGGAUUGGACUGCCUGGGGCCAGAGCUGUACAUGCUGACGCACGGCGGGCCGAGCCACGACCACGCGCGCCUGCUCCGCUCGCUGCAGGAGAUCCGCGCGCCGGUACCAGAAGGAGGGGCGCAUAGAUGGGCAGCUUCAGAGGCUGCCGGCCGUGGCCCGCUGGCGGGCGAUCAGUCUCGCGCUGGCCGUGCCCGCGGCCCUCGCGACGCUUUUGCUCGCACCCCGGCCUCCAGGGGGGCCAGCCGCAGGUCUUUCUGGAGUUGA